AUGCCUACCGUCACGACCGACGGAUUCCUCCCGUUUCUCGAUAUGAUGGAGCAACUGAAGCCUUCCCUCGUGCACGACAUACAUCUCCUGUCUCGCGACGAGCAAUGGUCGGCGAUCCACAUCAUGACGUACGCGAUCUCGAAGAUCAAGUCCAACUUGAACGCGGACAUGCCGGUCUGCAAGCUUCCUCCAGAGCUGCUCACGCUCGUAUUCGAAUACGCCAGUUUCCGCGACCAGCGAUAUGCUCUUCGCAACUCCGUUCGAAAGGUCCAGGGCCAUGGCGCGCCCGCUACGGAGCCGGCAUACCACAGGCUCCUCCCCAUUACGCACGUCUGCCGGAUGUGGCGAAAUGUUGCGCUCGCUGCCGCCCACUUGUGGACAUGCAUCAGUUACGGCCGGAAGGAGAGAGCCGACACCUUCAUUCACCGUUCUCAGGCGGCGCCUCUCUCCAUUACCGUCUUUGGGGCGACUAAAUCACACCUAGAGCGAAUAUUCGGGAGCAGUGGUUCUCGACUGCAACGACUUGAUAUUGGGCACGACCGCAGACUCUUUUUACCGAGCACGGGGGUCGGCAGCUCUCGCCUUGAAUGCGUCACCGUAGCGGCGAAUUCAACGCAUAUUGACGCGGCGGCGUUCGAGCAGUCCGUAUCGACCUUAAAAGGCGUAGCCCUUUGCCUCGGGGAAGGUCACUGGGUGCCGAGCGCACACUUCCCCAACCUCACACACCUCCUCUUGGGCAGUUGCUUCGGUUCGGUGUAUUGCGAUUUGCUAACCCUGGCGCGACUCUCAUCAUUGCUGGUCGAAACUCCUCGGCUUCAAUAUCUUCAUCUGUCCCGCCUUCCCUCGGCGCGUUCCCAGCCUAAUACCUUGAAACCGGCGUCGCUCCCUCAUCUCAAGCUCUUCUUAUGCACGUCUUGUGACCCUGACACCUCACUUCAUUUACUUUCCUCGUUGAUAUUACCCGCAGAGGUGUUCGUGGCUUUGGAUAGCCAUUCCAAUUAUCAUGCUUCCUUGGCGUCAAUGGAGCUGUUCCAGCGUCACCAACUGCAGGAUGGAGACUGGAUGCAAAGCUUGACUCGCCUCGAAUGCACUAUCUCCCGUGAUACUCAGUGGGUUGUCGCGGAAGGCCACCGUUCGGGGCUCUGGUUCAAAUGCGCCGAUGGCCUCCGGUUCGGCCGCCUCCAACCCAUGUUUCCCUUCGGAUCCGUUCGCGCACUCGACUUCUUCGCCGAGCACGAUUACCGUUUUCCCCUCCGGCACCAACACCAGCUGCAGGACAUCCUCCGCAAUACAUCCUCUCUAGUAUCUCUACGCUUCCCCGCAGCUUCCACCAAACCCACAUCUUCUGAAGAAAGCUGCACGUCAUGCUGCGCUCUGGACGACAAGCUGCUCCUCCCGCUCCUCCCUGAUGGCUCGGAUGGGCGUGCUUCGGUUCGCUGCCCCCUUCUCACCAUGCUGUGCAUCGAGGCACCUCUGGCAGAGCAGCUCGAAAGACUAGCUCCCCACAUCGCCGAGGUGCUGGCCGCCCGCGCUAGCGCAGGCGUCCCACUCAAAUCUGUGACCCUACGCGUCCCGCAGCGCAUGCACACUGGCGAGCCUCUUCGUCGCGAGGCGUUCGACACCGCGGCGCGCUAUGUGGAGGACUUACAACUCGAAUUCGGGGUGGAUGGGCCGGGCGAGCUCGCGACGCAUGGCACUUACUGGGGCACCGAGCUGUCGAUGGAGGCGGAGAAGUACUGGAUCACGCCGGACGGCAUGGCGCCGCGGUGGUUUAGGUCGUCGAUUGAGGACUUGUGA